UCUCUGACGGCAGCUUCAGCUCAGCUAGCAGCCCGAGCUAAUCCGGCUAACAGCUAACGGCUAACGGCUAGCUAGUGGCGCUAUGAUGGCGGAGCUGGUGCAGGGACAGGCCUCGAUGAACCAGCCGGGGCUGAAGUCAGACGGCCUGGCCGAUGUUUUACAGAGGGCCCGGCAGAUGGUGGGUAAGAUGGGUGGUGAAGCCAUGUCCCACCUCAACAGCUCCUCAGGAAGUGUCGAGCCUUCGCUGUACUACCCUGGCCAGAAACGACCAGGAGAGGACGGAGUAGGUAACCAGCUAGCAGCCAUGGGGCAUCAAAGCAGGGUAAUCACAGAGGAUUACAAGGUCCCCGACAGGAUGGUGGGCUUCAUCAUUGGUAGAGGAGGAGAACAGAUCACCAGGAUCCAGUUGGAGUCCGGCUGCAAGAUCCAGAUCGCUGCUGACAGCGGUGGUCUGAUGGAGCGGCCGUGUUCUCUGACGGGAACUCCGGAGAGCAUCGAGCAGGCGAAGCGGCUGCUGGUCCAGAUCGUGGACCGCUGUAGAAACGGCCCUGGUUUCCACAGCGAUGGAGAGGGCGGCGCUUCGGUGCAGGAGAUGCUGAUCCCUGCCAGUAAGGUGGGGCUGGUGAUUGGCCGAGGAGGAGACACCAUCAAGCAGCUGCAGGAGCGAGCAGGAGUGAAGAUGAUGAUGAUCCAGGACGGUCCGAUGCCGACAGGAGCCGACAAACCUCUUCGUAUCUCUGGAGACCCGUACAAAGUGCAGGCAGCCAGGGAGCUGGUGUUGGAGGUGAUCAGGGAGAAGGACGGAGAUUUCAGGUCUGGACGCAACGACUUCAGCGCCCGACUGGGAGGAACCAGCCUGGACGUUCCAGUUCCCAGGUUUGCUGUUGGUAUCGUGAUCGGCAGAAAUGGAGAAAUGAUCAAGAAGAUCCAGAACGAUGCGGGGGUCCGAAUCCAGUUUAAAGCAGAUGAUGGCAUCAGUCCGGAGCGUGUUGCCAUGGUGAUAGGACAGCCAGACCGCUGUCAGCACGCAGUCCACCUCAUCAAUGAGCUCAUCCAGACCGCACAGGAGCGUGAUGGUUUCGGCUCAGCCCUGCGGGGCGGGAGGGUCAGAGGUCGUGGUGAUUGGACUAUGGGCUCUCCUGGUCCCCUACAGGAAGUGACCUACACCAUCCCUGCUGACAAGUGUGGCCUGGUCAUCGGCAAAGGAGGGGAGACCAUUAAGAGUAUUAACCAGCAGUCUGGAGCCCAUGUGGAGCUGCAGAGGAACCCUCCCCCCUCCACCGACCCCAACACCCGGGUCUUCACCAUCAGAGGCACGGCCCAGCAGAUGGACCUGGCCCGCCAGCUCAUAGACGACAAGAUCGGGGGUUCAGGUAUAAUGAGUAAUGGAGGAUUUGGCUUCAGUCCCUUCACCCAGGGCCCAGCUGCACACCAGAACUGUGGCAGUGGUCAGACCUUCCUGACUGGUGUUUGGGGAAACACCUACCAGACCAGCUGGCAGAACCCUGGACAACAAGACCCUGGUCACAAUAUGGCUCAGACAGGACAGAUGGACUACUCUAAAGCAUGGGAGCAGUACUAUAAGAAGCUAGGUCAGCAGAACCAGCCUCAGAGCUUGAUGACAGACUACAGUAAGGCCUGGGAGGACUACUACAAGAAACAGAGUCAGUCGUCUCAGCAGAGUUCGGUGCCAGACUACACUGCAGCGUUAGCAGAAUACUACAGACAGCAGCCCUACCUGUGGAACCCCGCCCAGAUACAGGAUCACUAGAGGCUCCUCCCUCGCCAGUGAAGGCCUCGGAUGGUCGUCGAUGGCAACCGAAAUCGGGGGUUUCCUAGCAACGCUCCAC